AUGAUCAAGGACAGACCCCCAUACACCCCCAAAACACCUCAUAUCCCCCAAAACCCAUCGUCACCCCCCCCCCCCAAACACCUUGUAUCCGCCAAAGCACCCUGUAUCCCCAAAAACACCCCUGAACCCACAAAACACCUUGUAUCCCCCCAAAACACCCUGUAUCCCCCAAAACACCCCGUAUCCCCCAAAACACCCAGUAUCCCCCAAAACACCCCGUAUCCCCCAAAACACCCCGUAUCCCCCAAAACACCCCGUAUCCCCCAAAACACCCCGUAUUCCCCCAAAACAUACCUGAACCCACAAAAUACCCAGUAUCCCUUAAACCCCCCUUCUCCCCAAAAACACCCCGUAUUCCCCGAAAACACCGUGUCACCAGGGCAUCGUAUCCCCAAGUUUCCGUGUCUUCACGAAGCGACAGUUUCCCCAGCCCCACUGACCCGCUGGGUAAUGAUCCGUGGCUAA